AUGUGCCAGAACACCCUGGUCAUGCUCUUCUCCUCGGGCCUCUUCGUCAUGGCCUCGCGCGAGAUCCUCGUCGCGUCUGUCGUGGUCAACGCGCCGGCCAUCAAGCCCCUCGUCGGCGACGCGAGGCACAAGCUGAGCGAGCUGAGCAGCGGCGGCUGGCGCAGGACGGCGUACGGUAACUGGUCGAACCUCGGCGGCUCGGCGCACAACAAAAGCCAGGUGGGCGAUAAUAUGGAGAACUUCAAGGCGCUCGCGUCGAGCAGUAGCCGCAAGCGCGGGUCCGCGUACAUGAUGUCGAACGUUGGGCGCAUGCCCGCUCCGGGCGAAAGUCAGGAUCAUAUCAACGCGGUGGCCGAUGGGGACGACAGCAGCACCGAUGGCAACAGGAAGGAAAUGGGGAUCAUGGUCACGAGGGAGGUUGCGUUGUGUAUCAAAUAG